GGCAACCUCCUAAUCGUCUACAUCGUUUGUACGAAGCCGAAGAUGAUCACGGUUCAUAACGUGCACGUCGUCAACCUUGCCGUCAUCGACAUCGUCUUCCUAUGUGUCUGUAGCGUGGUCGAUGUCAUCGGGAUGGGUGUGAUCGCAUUCCAGGAUGGUCUCCUCAGCAUUUCACAUAGCCAUUCUGCCGGUAUCAUGUUCGUGCAAACGCUGACGUUCACGGCUGCCUGUGGGACUUUAAUAGCGCUAGCCUUUCAGCGCUACCUGGCUAUAGUCAGACCUUUGGAGAACAAGAAACGACGCACCGUUAAGAACGCUAAUAUACUACAAACUCUUGUAUGGACAGUUUCCAUCGCCAUGGGCGUCACCGUUGCUGCUCUGGAAUCUGAUAGCGCAAGCCAUGUCAUCGCCGAGGGCUUCUCUCUCUACCAAGCCACGUUCUUCUUCUCUCUCCUUAUUCUCUCCAUAAUCGUCUGUUACAUCGCUAUUUUCCGCUCCGUGCGCGAGCGCGAGCUGGUCGAGGGAGGCCGCGUGGCACGAUGGCAGCAAAAACGCAACAUGCGCAUGCUCAGAAUGGUCAAUAUGUUAGUGCUCGUUUUUGUCAUCACGCGCGGAUUCUGGCUCAUUUACGGCCUCUACGCCAAUCACACCACCCCCCUCGAAGUUGGCGACGACAAGCUAUUCCAUGACGUCAUGAUCCAGAUAGUGGCGCGCAUGGGGUGCGCGGUCAACAGCGCGUUGAAUCCCGUCAUUUAUGGGAUGCUAACGCCUGAUUUUCACAGGCAUCUGGUCCAGAUAAUAUUCCAUCCGUUUGCAGCUUCAAAGCCGCAAAGACGAGGAACCAUGGAGGGACGAGAAGAGAAAGUGUCAUUGUGACGUCAUCAUCGGUCAAUACCAUUUGCUCUACUUGAAAACUGUCCUACAUUAGUCAUGUUGCCAGAUUCAUAGUAUAGGAAAGAGUCGGGCUUCAAUAUUCUAACUACCAGGUGUUUUUUCCUCAAGUGUUAUAACUCAACUACCAAAGAAUGUCUGAUUAUGAUCUAUUUAAUAAACCAUCCUUUUCAAAACUGGGAAGCCAAAGUCUCUCAUUUCACAUGCUUCCAGUUUGGCAACAUGACCGAUUUCGACCUUCUAUAAGUCGACCAAAGAGAUUCUACCCAACUCUGAUGAUUUUCAACGAAAGACGAGUCAACAGAAUGUUACAUAAUGAAGAGUUUCUGCCCUAUAUAAUUAUAUGAACGUAUUAAGCGUCAUCAUCUUAUUCGUAAUACGUAUGCGUAAGUGGGAGAUCUGAUAUGUGUAUGAACUGGCAUAUUCGCAAACAAUAUUUAUAUUGUCCUGUAUUUGUCAUGCUAUAGCAACUCUUAAGUGAUUUCUUAUCUGAUAUUGUGAGAACUUAGACAUAUCUUACCGUUAACAUCCAAUGAAAAUGUUUAAAUUAUGUAGUAGUUGUCCAAUACUUUGUGUAUAGCCAGUAUGCUUGUAACAUAACAUAUGAGAGAAGAAAUUAGUCAAA